AUGCGUGGCGACCGUGCCGCCCGCGACACGCGCCAUAAUAAAGAUCACGAAAACUUAAAAUCGUCACUGAAAAAGGGGACCAGGGCCAAAAAGCAUAGGGUGGUAUUUGAUGAGAGCGCAAAUGAAUUUUUCGAGGCCGAUUAUAUUAUCGUGGUGCGAGACGAAUGUGGGUAUUCCGAUGAAGGAGAAGGCGAAGAAUGCUCCGGUUGUGGAGCAUGCGAGCGCCACCAGGAACCCGAGCCCGGGGCGCUCAGUCCUCCGGAGGGGUACAAAGAUAUGGGGCUGUUCAAUCGGGACGGGACUCUACGGGAACAAGCGUGGUGGGACGCCGGCGACGUGGUUUUGGUGGGCGAGAGAUCCGGCACGGUGUUCACGCCGCAGCACCUUCAACUGCUACGUCGACUACAACGUGAAAGAAUGCUCCGUUCUACCAUUUGUGCCGACUGCGACGCGCACGCCGCGCUCCACCAGCCUCUCGAAAUGGAGUACAGUUACGAAGAGGACGAGGGUAGUGACGUAGACAGAGAGUUGCGUCCAGUGGCGCGGCGGACCGCUAAACAUAUCGCCGCCGGAGAAGAGAGGCCCAGGAUCAAUUCCAGCCAGCAGACCACUCCCACUGACGAAAGUCCACAAGAUCUUUGUCUAGAAGAAAUACAAACAGAAUUGCCGUCGGCUCCAUUGACCAGUGAAGAAAGUGAUACUGCCGAGACAGAUGGACGACUGUCAUCUGAAAAUUCGCCAUUACGUCAACGCCGGGGCGGAAUAUUGAAAGGGGGACGAUUAUGGAAAUCGAUGGACACUGACAAAGACAACAGCGAACAGCAGAACGAUGACCAACGAUCGACAACUACAGCGAGCGACGAAGAUGGUUCGAUGACUCCUCGCUCUGUACGGUUCGUGGAGCGAGCAAGCGAGACUUCUGACACGGCCCCAAGUGAAUCCGAAACAACACAUAACUCUGACAAUGAAACGACGUCACAGAACAGCACCAACACUACCCACAGACUUGAAACGCCACUGAUUCUCACAAUACACUCCCCCAAAGCGAACUCGGCGGUUCAACAGUUGUUCAACAGUGGUCGACCGCCGCCGCCAGCAAUUGAGCCUCAGUUGGUUACUUCAGAAACACUCCGAGCGUGGGAUGCCGGCGUGAGGCCGAAGACAGAAGACGCAGCAGUUCGACGGGUGGCUGAGAGGAAUGCGUUGCGCUGUUCAUUGCUGCGUAGUGAAGCAAGAAAGAAACAACAACCAAAGCAGGAGACGACAUCACUAGCAGAACGGAUUCGACUCCUGACAUGCGACGUAGAUGAAGAAACAGAGCAGCAGCGACCACCGCCUGCCGGAGCCAGCACCGAAAAAUUGUCCAACAAUAGCGACAAAUCCAGUGACAAAUCAUACAACAGCGUUGAUAAGAACAGUGAGAAAGCGUUUGGAAGCGCCUCUUCAUCCUCCUCGUCUUCGACUCUCUCUGCACCGGUGCCAACAAGACAACAACAUCCACCCGAUUUGGGCGAUGUGCAUCAAGAACCGCAGAAGCCAAAACCAGAACCGCGUAGACAGUUCCUUUCUACAUUAGCUCCACUAACGGCUUGCGUUGGAAGUGCUGCACAUCAUGAGGGUUUCUAUUAUUUGCCUCCUGAGAGGACCACUGCUUCAUCAGCUACUAAUAUUGACCUUCAAGAACAUAAUGAUGCACCGGCACCAGACAUCGUUGCUGGUACACCAGGUGCUGGUGAUGGUGACGACGGACUUGCUGCUUUCGCCCGAGCGACUGCUCCAAGAACAGAACGAUUGAGACAACGCUACGGUCAAGAAUCGCAACCAGGCAGCAGUGAUGACGAGCACGAUGACUACGGUUUCCAUCGGCGCCCAGCUGUCCGAGGCAUAGCUGUGAAGCAACAGUUAGGAGCAUCAGACGAAAUCCUUCAGCAAAUGCAAAAUGAUCUCCAGCCAUCUCCAGGCGCUACAUCGACACAGAUGCCAACUCAUUCAUGCCAACGUACAAACUCGAAUUAUUCAUGGCCGUACUACUCGGAGGCAAACUUGAACUCCAGGCCACAGAGUCGAGCCAGCGCUAGUUCUAAUUGGUCAAAAUCUUCAGACUACGUGACAGCGCGCCAAUGUGGUAGUACUUCAGUUCCUCAGCAACACAGCGAUGCUUGCUAUGCCCACGCUCAGAACAUGGCUUCAUACGCACAUUACCAGCAUAGGCAACAGCAGGAGAAUAUGUACAGAAAUUGUUCUCUCUACGCAAACGUCGGAUGUUCAGACAGCAGCCAGGAACUGUACAGCUCACAAACAAGUUCCGAGCAGACGUCACCAGUUCGCUCGGUAGCUCGCUGUCGCAGGCCGGAAUCUCCGCCUCCCAUCAGGAGCAAUCAUCAGCUACUGUAUGUCCCGUACAGCAACCACUAUCACUAUCAACACCAACAACACGAGUAUGGGGCGCAUUGGACUGCCAAUGACUACAGUCGCAUGCACUCGUAUUACCAGCAACAGAGUCGAAGCGGUACCAACACGCCUCAGCCAGCUGCUGCCACCCAACCACAGAGGGCGCACUACACCCACGCACUUCAACUACAAAGUUUGUGCCCAGCUCCAGCCAGAUACAGGCCUGUACCAGCAGCUCAGCCAGGCGGAGGCAAACAGAUGAUCUGUUAUUCUGAAAAGGUGGCUGCGCCUCUGUACCAGCCGGCGCCUGGUUCGCCAUCACGCUCAUCCUCUGCCAGGGGAGCGCCAGAAGGAGCACCGGCCGGUGUCGCAGCGUCCAGCGCUACAUCUCCGAUGGCAUCAGCACCUAAUCCUGUCUACUAUGCUAUGAACGUCUGA